GGGGGGAGGGGCAGCAGGAACAGUAAAUAGGGAAGGAGGUUCCCGGCUUCCAGCUUUGGCCAAAUCCAUCCCUGGGCAGAGCUGCCUUUCCUGGGACCCAGGUGCUUUAAAGGAGACGCCCGCGUGUUCCCGAUGGAGAAGUGGCUGUUCCUAGAUCCUCGGCAGAGGGCCCUGUACAGAGAUGUCAUGCAGGAGAGCUACGAGACCCUGAUGUCCCUCAAAUAUCCCAUCCCUAAGCCGGACAUGAUCUCCCGGCUGGAGCAAGGAGAAGAGCCGUGGGUCCCCCCGGAUCUCCAGGGCUCUGGGGGACGGGACCUCCUGAGAGGCGCCAACCCAGGGACCGCGAGCGAGACUGAGGGGGAAGCUCCACGGCCAGAAGGCCCCGAGACGGCAUCAUCGGGAAGCAGCUGGGGGAAGGUGGGCCACAAUCCCAAAGGGGGCAAAGCUGGCAGGUCCGGAGGCCAGCAGGGAAAGCCGCCGGGGAAGAGACGGGGCAGAGAAGCUCCAUGCAAUGGAGGCUUCAAGAAAGUCCGGGAUGGGGCGGCCAAGCGGAGAGGCCGAUUGGGGGAGAGCUCCCAAGCCAGGCUCAGUGUGGACAGUAGGCAGCUUCCUGCUGGAGAGGAGCCGUCUCUGUGCCUGGAGUGCGGUGAGAGCUUUACGGAGAGCUCUGCCCUCCUUACCCACCAGAGAUCCCACGUGGGGCAGAGCUCCUACCCAUGCCUGGAGUGUGGGGAGAGCUUCAUCGAGAGCUCCGCCCUCCUUACGCACCAGCAGUCCCACGCGGGGCAGGAACCCAGCCCACGGCGCCGGCCCCAGGCCCCCGGCGGGAAGCGUUACCGCUGCUCGGAGUGCGGGGAGCGGUUCCGGGUCAGCUCCCACCUGGCCACCCACCUGCGCCUUCACACUGGGAUCAAGCCCUUCCAAUGCGCCGACUGCGGGAAGGGCUUUGACUGGGGCUCGCACUAUGCCCGGCACCGGCGGCUGCACACCGGCGAGCGGCCCUUCCAGUGCACCGACUGUGGGAAAUGUUUCGGGCGCAGCUCCCACCUCUACCGGCACCAGCGGGCCCAUGCCGGCGGGAAGCCCCUGGAGUGCCCGGACUGCGGCAAGGCCUUCAACAGUAGCGCCUUCUUCCACAAGCACCAGCGGGCCCACGCCGUCCCCCGGCAGCCCCACCGCUGCCCCGAGUGCGGGGAGAGCUUCCCCCGCAGUACCGCUCUCGCCCGGCACCGCCGGAGCCACCGGGGCGACAAACCCUUCCAGUGCGGGGACUGCGGGAAAGGCUUUGCCUGGAGCUCCCACCUGGAGCGGCACCGGCGCGUCCACACCGGCGAGCGGCCCCACACCUGCGGCGAGUGCGGGGAGGCUUUCAGCCAGAGCGCCCACCUGGUGAAACACAAGCGGGUGCACACGGGUGAGAGGCCCUACGGGUGCCCAGACUGCGGGAAGAACUUUGGGGACAGCUCAGCGCUGGCCAAACACCGGGGGUGCCAUGCCCGUGAGGAGAGACGCCACCUGGCUACGAAAAGCCCGACGGCAGAGAGACCCCAUCGGUGCGGCGACUGCGGGAAAAGUUUUGCUCGGAGCGCGGCGCUGGUGAGGCACCGGAAAAGCCACGCGGAGAGGCAACCCGACGAUGGGGAGAGCUCCGCCCAGACAAGCCCCACGGGGGAGAACUCCUCCCAUCCCUGCCCCGACUGCGGGAAAAACUUCCCUCGAGGCUCCCAGCUGGACAGACACCGGCGUCUCCUCCACACAGCGGGUCAGCCCCACCGGUGCCCACAGAGCACAGCGCUGGCCAAGCAUCGCCGGGGUGACAGACCCUUCCGGUGUGGGGACUGCGGGAAAGCCUUCGCCUGGAGCUCGCACCUGGAGCGGCACCAGCACAUCCACACCGGCGAGCGGUCCCACACCUGUGACGAGUGCGGGGAGGCCUUUAGCCAGAGCGCUCACCUGGUGAAACACAAGCGGGUGCACGCAGGCCAGCGGAAGAGCUUCGGGGACAGCUCGGCACUGGGCAAGCACCGGGCUGGCAAAGAGGACACAUCUCACCGCUGUGGCGACUGCGGGAAAAGUUUCAGCUGCGUCACGGACCUCAACCGGCACCAGCCUUCCCACACGGCGGAGAAACCCUACCGGUGCGGGGACUGUGGGAAAAGCUUCAGCCAGACGCCAGCACUGGCCAGGCACCAGCGGCUUCACGCCACUGGGGGGAAACCCUUCCACUGCACCGACUGUGGGAAGGGAUUUGCCUGGAGUUCCCACUGGGAGCGGCACCGGCGCGUCCACACUGGUGAAAAACCUUUCCAGUGCGCCGACUGUGGGAAAUGCUUCGGCCGUAGCUCCCAUCUCUACCGGCAUCAGAGGAACCACCCCGGAGAGAAACCCUCCUCCCAAGGGGCUGAGUAAAGGGGAACGUGACCACCAGGAAGGGACUCUAAUGAGACAACAGGGGAACCAACCCCAAGAACCCUUCUGCCAAAGGGGCAAGGUGUCUGCCAGGGACGAGAUAACAAGGAGUCCACCUGGGAGAGGAACCCCUUUGAGUCUGAGCCGUAUUAGGCCUCAGGGAAGCCUUUCAGGGCUAAGAAAUCCAAUCCACGCGCUAACCGGGGAUAACACUCCUCCAUCACGCGUGUUCGGCUGCCCCCAGCCGCUGAUCAGUGAUCCCUGGUGGCCGGCAUGCCAUGAAGUGGGAUCUCCUCCUCUCACCCAAGUUGGAUGGGAAGCAGCACGGGCAGGGAGGGAGAUGGGGGAGGUGCUGUCACUUUCCCUACCCCACAUCGACCUCUGACCCAGGUCACCAGAGGAUUCAAGGGGCCUGGGGCAAAGCAGUUUCGGGGCCCCUUCCAUAAAAAAAAAGUUGCAAUACUAUAGAAUAUUAUAUUCUCGUGGUGGCCCGUGCGGGACCCACGGCCUGGGGCAAAUUGCCCCACUUGCCCCCACCUCUGGGCAGCCCUGCCCCUGACGUCCACCCUCACGCAGGCCCUCUCCCCUGUCUUUAUCUCCCCUCCACCGGGCAGGCAUCGGGGCCGCCUUCUGCUCGUCCGUGGAUGAAAUAAAGGCUCGAGAGAGAAGCUUGUCGCACAGAACAAUCCGGGACCCAGUGGUGGUUUCAGAGGAGGCACGAGACGGGAGGCGGGGAAAGGCAGAGAUGCCACUUCUCAGCAGGCAGCACCCAGCACUCAUGCACUCUGGAGGAGAGGAGGCCAGGCUGCAAAGGUCGAAACAGAGAACCCCUGGAACUGGGAGGCAGAGCGGACCCGGGGGACUCAGUGCUGCAGGAUAAGGGCGCAUGUCGGGAUGGUUUCCUGCAAGGUUCACAGGCAAAGAGCUCGAAGUCCCAGGAGCAAUCGGGGCUGCAUGCUACAUUGACAUCGUCCCCCAUUAGCCGGAGCAUCACAUUUAUACCACUCCCCAUUAGCCAGAAUGUCACAUUUAUGCCAUUAGCCGGAGUGUCACAUUUAUACAAUUUCCCAUUAGCCGGAGUGUCACAUUUAUACCAUUCCCCAUUAGCCGGAGUGUUGCGUUUACACCAUUCCCCAUUAGCCGGAGUGUCACAUUUAUACCACUCCCCAUUAGCCAAAAUGUCACAUUUAUGCCAUUAGCCGGAGUGUCACAUUUAUACCAUUCCCCAUUAGCCGGAGUGUCACAUUUAUACCAUUCCCCAUUAGCCGGAGUGUUGCGUUUACACCAUUCCCCAUUAGCCGGAGUGUCACAUUUAUACCACUCCCCAUUAGCCGGAGUGUUGCGUUUACACCAUUCCCUGUUAGCCGGAACACCACAUUUUAUACCGUUCCCCGUUAGCUGACCGAUUCUUAGAGCUGCUGGGUCAGGGCACAUUUCAAAGCAGGAUCCAGGAUUUACGCCGAUGCCGACGUUGGUAGUCGAGUCUAGGAGAAAAGAGGCUGAAAUGGGGGGAAGAAAGCAAGACCCUGAUUCCUUUAGUGGUUCCUGAUGCAGUCAGGAGGAAAGGGGGGAGGAGGAGGGAGGCGGGAGGUGGUCGAAAUGCUGGGAUCGAACCAGGGACAGCUAGAGUUAAAAGUGUGAGUAGCUGCUACAGCUUGAGUUAAAGCGUUGAGUCUGGCUCUGUCACAACUCAUGCCGUGUGGAUUGGCAGAGAGGGGGACUGGGAAUGAACACUCACCGAGUGGAUGACAUAGGGACACCGCCAAGUUUGUUCUUGGGGACCAGGUGACUGAGAACUGUUAACUCAGUGCACAGGUGAGAGGCAGGAAAUCCCUCAGGGGCCGGCUGCAGCGUGGGAAGGGCUGGGAGACCAUCCCGGGAGGAGUAACCCCGUAAUCCUUAGGGGAUGACCCUGAGCGGGACUGAGAAGGAAGCCGGGGGAGAUGAUGCCCCAUAGUGGGUCCUGAAUCCAGGCUGGGUCCCGUCACUUAGCGCAGCUGGUCACUUGUCCUGGGUGGGGAUGACAGAGACUAUCUGUGUCCCAUUCACCCCCACUAACCUGCCCGGGGGGGAUAAAAGCCUCAGCUGGGACUGGAGACUUGGAGGCUGCUGUGAUUUGCCCCCUGCUGAUGAGGCCACCUGCUGGCAGAGAAGGGGUUAAUGCUGCGCUAUCUGGUGCCACUAGCAAUUGGAUCACUGAACUCCACUUUCUCUGAGCAUUUGCACUGUUGCCUAUUAGAGAACAGUGUGGCCUAGCAGGUCAGGGACUGGCCUGUAAAUCAGGAGACCUGGGCAAGACACGUACCCUGCCCCAUGCCUCAGUUUCCCCUCUCUCCCUUUGUCUGUUUAGACUGUGAGCUCCUUGGGGCAGAGGCUGUGGGUUCAUCUAGCAUCCAGCACAGGCUGGUCCUACGAUAUUCCAUCAUGUGCCCAGAACCCCAGCAGUUAGAACUGAGGUCAUAGACUCCCCACCACCUGUAAUCCUGUCUACACAGGAUCCCCGUCUAUCUGUCUCUCCACCGGUCUGUGCUUUCUCCAUCCACUCUGAAGAGCUGGAUUUCUGCUGAGGGGUGGGGUGGUCCCUAAGCAGCUAUUGGCUCUAGUUGUACGGGUUUUUAAACAAUGGGUGUAUCUGGGGAGGGUGGAAAUCUGUCUAUUGAGGUUUGAUUAUAGGAGGGUUCUAAUGUUUUCUUUUAAUAAGUAGCAGCUGCUGUAUAUGAAUAAACUGCUGUCAUAUGAAUAAAUUGUACCACGAUCGGA